UGUAAACACUGCAAGGAUAAUUUUCAAGCACACUUAUUCGAGCACAAACUUAAUCGAAAUGGGUACAUUACAGACCAAAGUGGCCACAUUCGCUUUAGUUGGGUCAAGUGGUUGUGGGAAAUCGGCUUUUGUUAACGCUGUAAGAGGUUUCGACGAUGAUGACGAUUCAAAAGAUAACGAGUUUGAAAGGAUAGCAAAGGUUGAUAUUGUGGAAACAGAAGAUAAAGCCGAGAAGUACAUUGACCGAGAUAAUCCACUCGUCAGCUUCUGGGAUCCACCUGGUUAUGGCACACCAAACUAUUUUAAAAUUCGAAGCUAUUGGAGGAAAUUUCAGUUGGAAAGAUGUGACAUUUUUCUGAUUUUUAUAUCACACAGAGUAACAGAACUUGAUCUUGAAAUAAUACAGAAAGUCAAGUCUACCAACAAGCCAUUCUUUCUCAUUCGCACUAAAAUUGAUAACGAAUACAUGUUGGAGAAAGAUAGAAGUGAGUUCGACGAAGAAGUCUACUUGGACAAGGUCCGGAAAUAUGUUUUGGAAAAAACGAAUUUGUCGUCGGAGGUAUUUCUUAUUAGUAACUAUGAUCCAUGCAAGUGGGAUUUCUUUCAACUCUUACAGGCAAUGAACGACGUCCUACCAGUUCCUGAGAUGGCUACAUGGCAUCAAUUCUUUGUGAACAGAAUGACCAGAGCUACAGAAAACUUUAAGUAUAAAGGGGUUGAAGCUGCGCAGAAACUAAUGAAAGAGCUUAAUAAGUGGAAAAAAGUUAAAAUAUCUGUGGCAGUUAUCGGAAAAAGUGGCAGUGGCAAAUCAAGUUUUAUUAACGCUAUAAGAGGCGUCAAAGACGACGACCCAAAUGCAGCAAAAACAGGAGUGGUCGAAAUGACAACUAUUCCUACUCCGUAUUCUUAUCCACAUAAUCCCAACAUAACAGUUUGGGAUUGUCCAGGUAUCGGUGCACCAAAUAUUCCCGAUGUCGACACAUUCUGCACCAAAUUUAAAAUUGAAAAAUUUGACGCAUUUAUCAUCAUGAGUUCUACACGAUUUACAGAGUCUAACGCAGCUUUAGCGAGGAAACUUGCUGAAGAUAACAAACCUUUCUUUUUCACCCGCACAAAAAUCGAUAUCGACUGCAAAAAUGAAAGGCGAAAGCAGAUCAAGGAUGAAGAAACAUUUGAUAAGAUUAAAGCACAUUGUUUGCAAAGUUUACAAUCAGCAGGCGCCCCAUUGGAAAACAAUGACGUCUUUGUGAUCAGUAGUCAUUACCCAUUGAAAUGGGACUUCGGCCGCCUUACGGAAGCACUUAAAAGUCGACUAUCGUCUCGUAUAAGAGCGGCCUUUCUUUUUUCAAUGCUACUGUUUUCUGAAGACAUCAUAAAGAACAAGGUCAACAAACUAAAAGGUCGAAUAUGGAUAGUUGCACUUCGAUCUAGUUUUUCAAAAGGGUGGACUGAACUCAUUAUUGUAAAGAUGAAUUUUUGCAGAUCACAACUUGGUUUUCCAGACCAAAACUCAAAUUUAUUUAAAGAGUUGUCGCCCAGGCAUCAGGAAGCGGUGCAAAGAUUUUGUUUGAAUUCAGACACAGAUGUCGUAUCCUUCCUACAGAGCUUCUAUCCGGGAGAUGACGACGGAGGAAAGCCUGAUGUCAACGACACAACUUAUAGAUUCGUGUACCGAUCAAUGGAAAAAGUUUUGGAUAAAAUGGAAGAAAUUGCUCUUGAAAUCCUAAAAGAAGCAAAAGCACAAGAAAAAUUACAAUAAUCAAAUGAUCGUCAGUGAUAUAUUACUUCAUAUAUAACUAAACACGUAAGCAAUUUUUCCUGUUCGAGACUAGAUGGAUAAUCUUAUCGCAACUGAUAAUCUUAAUGCAAUUACCAGAUGGAUAAUCCUAUUGCAAUAGUUAUUUAUCGAUUAUAGUUUCCAAGAUAAUUCUUAGAUUAUUGUGCAAGAACUUUCUGGAGUUUUAUCUUACAUGCAUGCAUGCACAUAGUAAUAUUAUGACACGAAUCGCCGGUCCUAACUUAUACCAGUGUUUGCAACUGUCAUCCAAUUUUUAGUUCUUCAGCUAGCUUAAUAUUUAUCUAUUAUGUAUAAACAGCUUUACUAGCUAAUAGAAAUCAUAGAAAUAAUUAUUAAAUACAC